AUGGCUUCAGUGAUCAUUGUGUUGUUCGCUAUAUUUGGUCUCUCAUGUGCAUCCGUUUUGGAACAGUCUGUUGGCAUAAAAGGGCAACUAUUAUGUGGUGAUAAGCCGAGUGAAGGCGAUGAAGUCAAACUGAUCAAUCAUAAAAUUAUCGGCUUCGAUAGCAACUUGGCGUCAGGCACAACGGACAAGAAUGGAUUCUACGAAUUGGCUGGUGAUUUGAGCAUUCUAAGACAAAUUACGACACUGAAUGCUAGACUCAAAAUUUAUACACGCUGCAACAAUGGAUUGAAUAUAUGCAAACGUGAAAUAACUCUGGGUAUACCGAAAUCAAUGAAUUCAUCUUGGUUGGUAAUUUUCGCACUUUUUGGUGGCGCUCUUGCUAUUGAUCAAACAAUCGGUGUACAAGGCCAACUAAUGUGUGGCUAUAAGCCAAGCAAAGGCGACACCGUAAAACUGAUCAAUCACAAAGAUCUUGGUUCAAUGCAAUUCGCUUGGCUUCUGUUCGCUAUCAUAGCACAAGUUUCCUGCGAUGAUUUCAAACAAUCUUUGGGUGUGAGUGGCGAGUUAUUCUGUGGUGACAGUCCAGCAAAAGGUGUUACUGUGAAACUCAUAAACCACAAAAUUAUCGGUACGUUUACCACUCAUUCAACUUUAUCAUUUCAUAUAGGACCUAGUGAAGAUCAGGAGUUGGGAACAGCAACGACAAACGACGUUGGCACUUUCGAGAUGGUUGGUGGAAGCAAUGACUUCUUUUCGAUUUCUCCGAGACUCAAGAUCUAUACUGAUUGCGGUAAAGGCGACAAUCCAUGCCAACGUGAGAUCACUUUCGGUAUUCCUCAGACGUACGUCGUCAAAGACAGCAAACCAAAGGAGUAUUUCGCAUCCGGAACCAUUCAGUUGCAAUUCAACUUUGAUGGUGAAGGCCACAAAUGCCUAUGA